AAACUAAAGUGGAGGGAAAAGAAAAGAAAACCCCAAACCCCCAAAAAUGUCUAGAAGACGCCUCAGACUAAUAUGUUCCUCCGACGAAGAAGAAGAAGAAGAAAACCAAAUUCCUCAACAACCCGAAUCCGAAAACCCGAUUCUGGACCCGAAUCAUGUUCCGGAUCCAUAUCCAUCCGAACCACUUGAAAUCUCCGACGACGAUGUAGAAGAAGAAGAAGAGUUCAUCGACGUCUCCGAUAACUUCACUCCUCCCGAUCCGAAUCCGAAUCCGAAUUCGAAUCCCGACCACUCCGCACAACAAACUCCGGCGACGAAUUCCGCCUGUGAAGGCUCGGGUUUCCGGGAGGCUGAUGUUUCCGGCGACUCCGCGCAACCAAAUCCGGCCGCCGGAGGAGGAGAACAAGAGCGCUCAGGCACGGGUUCUCCGAUCGGAGAUUUUCUCGGGAGGCUAGGGCUGAGGCUGAAGAAUGAGUGGCUCGAGGCUUGUUUGGACGCGCUUCGAAGCUCCGUGCGGAGCUUCGCGAGCCUCGGCGUGGACGCGAAAGCCAAGCUUUGCUUCGAGCGGUUCUUGGUUUCCGAUAUGAAUCAAUCCGGGAGCGGCGUGCUCCCUCGCAACGUGGAUUCCAUGCACCUCGUCGAUCUUCCUGGUCCGUUCGUCUUGCAGAUUGAUGAGAUAGUUAAUAUCAGUUGUCCUCUCAAGGGAAGGUAUCAGAAAGCGCCUCCCGGGAUCAAGAGGUGUCUCAAGUUAUCGAUGACUGAUGGUGUUCAACGUGUUUUUGGAAUGGAAUACAGGCCUAUUCAAGCGCUUGAAUCUUUGGCUCCUGCUGGAUUGAAGGUUGCCAUCUGUAAUGUACAUAUACGUCAUGGGCUUCUAAUGCUGGUCCCUGAAGCUUUUGAAGUUCUAGGGGGAUUGGUUGAGGAGUUGGAGGCAGCACGCCUGCGACUUGUUGACGAAAUAAAUAAGCCACCUAGGGGAAAAAGAACAAGGUCAGGAGUUGUCCCUCCUUUAGCAACUAGAGCAACCCUUGCUGCAUGGCCAUCAAAUGGUGUUAGUGCUGCCGUGCACAACAAUAGUUCCACAUUGCAAGAUGCAACUCCCUUUCGAGCAAAUAACCAAGGUGCUACUUCGGUUCCGUCUGGCACUAACACCAGCCAAAGGACGACAGAAGAAUUUACAGCUUCUUCUACUGCAGAAAAUGCUGUUCCUAACACAUCAUCUUCUGUUAUUUCGGGUUUUGAGGGGAUGCAUAUAGAUACUUUCCCCUGUAGCCGGGCAAAUGCUGUUCCUAACCCAUCUUCUCAUACUGUUUCGGAGGUUGAGGAUGUUCAUAUGGUUGAUGAGGCAGACCACCCCCUCAUUCUAUCUGGUGAUCGGGAAAUCCCAUUCACUUACUUAGCUAGUUUGUCAGCCAAGUUGGUAGCAGUAAUGGAGAAAUCGCCUUCUGUUCGGGGAAAAAUUAAGUGCUUUUUGACUGGCGUAAAGGGAUUCCAAUAUAAGCAGCGGACAACAUAUGAGCUCCGGGCAUAUGUUGAUGAUGGUAGCCUGAUUACUGAGAUCCUCAUUCAUCAUGAUGUUGUACAGAAAGGAAUAGGUUUUUCACCAGAGGAGGUCACUGCUGCUCUUUCUUCUCCAGACAAAAAAAUAGUUAGUGACAUGAAGGAGACGCUCAAACAAUUCCAGAUGUUCUUAGCGAAUUUUGAGGGCACAAUGCUUAUAGAGAUGAGUACAACCUCUCCGCAACCGAUUGCUCUUGAGAUGAAUGAGGGCUGUACUGAAUCUGAUGCGUGGUUGCUUCUGAGAAGACUAAAUUCUACUGUUCCUGCUCAAACACCACACCGUUCUUCUUUAGAUCCCAUUGAUGUAUCCCCUUGAGUGGCUCUCAGUUUGCCAGUCUUUAGGAAGAACAUUGGCUCACAAAAUUGACAAGGCUGGAGAUCAUCCUGUGUCCAUCUUGGGUGCAGGAGGACUCUUCUUUGAUUACGACAUUCCAGAUUCAUGGAUCACAGAACCUGUGUGGCAAGCCAAGUUGGGAGGCCAUGAUAACUUAAAUUGAUGAGGCAAUUUUUAAAGCAUUGCCUGCUUAUUGGUCUGGAGGUUGGGCUGUUUCAUCGGAUGUAUAAGCUAUGGCUGGGGAAAGUGAUUUUACACUUCAUCAUCCUUUAAUUUGCUGUGUAACUGGAUUACGCUGUUUGGUCAAGGAAAGAAACAUUGUAGACUAAUGAAGUCCUCUUUGUUUAAGGAAAAUCUGCUCCCAGUUGGAGUCUGCCACAUAAAGUAGAUGAUGCUUAAGAAGAAAAAUGCAAAGCCAAUGAGCUAUCUGGAAGAAGACCAGGCCUGAGAAGUUAGAACGCUGAGAAGAGCUGGAAACUUGUUUUACAUUUGAAUGACUUGUAACAGCUAAGUUUUGCUAAAUUGCUUAGUCAAUUGUUAACAUGGUAUUUAUUCUGUCUUAAAAAAAAUCUUCUGAGUUGGGUAUGAA